AAAGUGUGGAAAGGAAACCAGUUUAAUCUUAAUUUAUGGUGAACAGUUUUGAGAUUUUAUCUUAAGCUAUGAAAAGCUUUACUCAUUACUAACUAAAGAUUAGUUUAUUAGGUGUUUGUCAGUCCAUCAAAUUCCAACUUUGCUUGUUUCUUCUGUUUGUUACCUUUUUCACUUGGCCUGUCUUCAUUUUAAAGUUGCGUAUAAAAAAAAGCCUACCAAUUUUGUUCAAUCGCAUACUCGUCACCACUCAGGGAGGUGAGGAGGCGUAUAAGCAAUCCCCAUUUCAAAAGAGAGGGGGAGAUUGAGAGUCAGAGUGAGAGACGAGCUGCAAGAGUGGGAGGGGUACUCAGUCGGACUGAGCUGGUCAGAGAGGCAGAGCUUUCCAGACUGCACAGCAGCAGCAAAAUUGCAUCUUGGGAGAGGUUGGAGGAAUCAAAUCACCUGCUAGGAGAAGGCUGUGCAAGAGAGGAGCCACCGCUUGUCGCUGCUUUCUGUGGACUAUCUGCUGUGCUAGAGCUGCUGGGAUUACUGAUGCUUUCUCCUUCUGUGCUCACUCUUUGACUAAUCUACAUACGACACUUUGCUGUGACGCCCACAGGACACGACUCAGAUGGCAUCGCACAGCUAAUCGUUUUUUUCCCUGAAUGUUUUGUCUCUAUGUCCUUCGGCCUGGUCAUUGCUGAGGCACAGGGCCAUGAUCCUGGGGUGCGAUGAACCCCGGGCGUAUGCUGCUGUUUGUUUUCGGCAUUGUAGGGGGAGCAGUGGUCAUCAACUCUGCUGUACUUGUCUCUCUGUCAGUGCUGCUGCUGGUACAUUACUCUGUUUCUGCUGGUGGCUUACCUGCUCUGCCUUCCAUCCCCAGACUCUGCAGGAAGGAGCGCCCCAUCUCAAUGGGUUUGUUCCAGCUUCCUGGGAAUGAUGGUGUGAUAUCAGAGUCUGGCAGAGAUUCCGGGGAGACUCCUUCUGAACCUUGGAGAUUCAACAACAACAGCCAUCCUCAGUCCAACACCAGUCUAAAGGAUGAACUUGUAAAUGCAAAUCGAAGAAGCUCCAACUCAAGCACCAACCAUGGAACUCCAGCCAGAUCCGGCAUCCCCACAUCUGUCAAAUCGAGCAUUCCCAAUUCUAAAUCCCCACUGUCACAUGGUAUAGUAUCCUCUGGUACUAGUGCAGGAUGCAACCAGGACAAGCACUUGGACACUGCUACACCUUCAAAUGCUGCUGCCUUGGAUGUUGCUAUGGCAUCUGUGGACAUGCCUCUGCGGGAACAGGGGGAUUCAGAAGUAAUCAGCAAGAACUUGGACUCCAGCUGUGGUAAUCUGGAAAGCAGCAGAAACAUAUCUGUGUCACAAGAAGGGCUGCAGGAGGCUGCAGAGAAGUCAGAAGUCCAGGUCAUUAUUGAGUCAACCCCUGAACUGGACAUGGACCUUGAAGGCUGUAGAGGAACAAGCACACCAACCAAAGGUGGAAUAGAGAAUUUAGCCUUCGACCGGAACACUGACUCUCUGUUCGAGGAGCUAUCGUCAGCAGGAAAUGACCUCAUAGGCGAUGUGGAUGAAGGAGCGGACCUACUAGGAAUGGGUCGUGAAGUGGAACAUCUAAUCCAAGAGAAUGCCCAGCUACUGGAAACUAAAAACGCUUUGAAUGUAGUGAAGAAUGACCUGAUUGCUAAAGUGGACGAGCUGUCCUGUGAGAAAGAAGGCCUGCAGGGAGAACUUGAUGCUGUCACUCAGGCCAAGACCAACUUGGAAGAGAAGAACAAAGAGUUAGAGGAAGAACUUAAAAAGGUUCGAGCGGAACUUGACGAGACUAAACAGAAGUCAAAAGUUGUAAAUGAUGACGAUAGCGACGUUCCUACAGCGCAAAGGAAACGCUUCACCCGAGUGGAGAUGGCCCGAGUCCUGAUGGAAAGGAACCAAUACAAGGAGAGACUAAUGGAGCUACAAGAAGCUGUCCGAUGGACUGAGAUGAUCCGCGCAUCAAAGGAGAACCCGGCUCUGCCAGAGAAGAAGAAAUCCAGCCUUUGGCAGUUUUUCAGCCGUUUAUUCAGCUCGUCUGGUGGUGGGGCCAAGAAGCCUGCAGUGGAGGCGCCAGUCAACGUCAAGUACAACGCUCCCACGUCGCAAAUCCAACCGUCAGUCAAGAAGAAGAGCAGCACCCUGCAGCAGCUGCCGAGCGACAAGAGCAAGGCAUUUGAUUUCCUCAAUGAGGAAGUGGCUGCAGACAAUGUGGUGUCCAGGAGGGAGCAGAAGAGGGCCCAGUACCAGCAGGUGAAGGCCCACGUCCAGAAAGAAGAUGGAAGGGUUCAAGCGUAUGGCUGGAGUCUCCCCAAAAAGUACAAGGCCAACGGUGGCGACAGUAAGAUGAAGAAUCUACCUGUUCCUGUAUUUCUUAGACCACUGGAUGAGAAAGAUGCUUCUAUGAAGCUGUGGUGUGCUGCUGGUGUGAAUCUCUCGGGAGGUAAAACCAGAGAUGGAGGGUCCAUAGUAGGAGCCAGUGUGUUUUACAGUGAUGUGUCCACUCCAGUGAGUCCCAAAAGGAAAAUUGGCUCUCAGAGCAGUCUGGAUAAACUGGACCAAGAACUCAAGGAGCAGCAGAAGGAGCUGCAGCACCAAGACGAAAUGUCAUCCCUGGUCUGGAUUUGCACCAGCACAAAGUCCACAACUAAAGCUGUGGUCAUUGAUGCCAACCAGCCCGGGAACAUUUUGGAGAGCUUCUUUGUUUGCGACUCUCAUGUCCUCUGCAUCACUAGUGUUCCUGGUGCAAGAGAAACAGACUAUCCAAUUGGAGAAGAAACUUCUUCAAACUCUGAGGAAGGACCAGUGGAAGACAGCAGCAGCACGGCCAACGCCAGCAGCUCUGCUGGUGAUGACAGUGUUCUUGGUGGCAUUACGGUUGUGGGCUGUGCAGCUGGAGAAGCAGCCACUGAUGCAGACAGAGAAGCAUUGUCUAGACCAGCAGAGGAGGCCACUGAGGCAACAGAGGCCAGCGACGUGCCUGCAGAUCAGAGAGCAACCAAGAGAGAGGCCUUCACUGAUCAUGUUUUUGCUGAUCCCCUGGGUGCUCAGCAAACCCCAGAGACACAUGAGGGCUACUCUCAGAGGGAGAGUGACCUUGUUAAAGAUGGCGUGAGUUCAAACCCUGCAGCUGAGGAUCAGGAUCUGAUGAGAGAGGAGGCUCAGAAGAUGAGCAGUGUUUUACCCACCAUGUGGCUUGGAGCACAGAACGGAUGCAUCUACGUCCACUCGUCCGUGGCUCAGUGGAAAAAGUGUCUCCACUCCAUCAAGAUGAAGGAUUCAGUCCUCGGCAUUGUACAUGUGAAGGGCAGGGUUCUGGCUGGACUCUCAGAUGGCACACUAGCUGUGUUCCACAGAGGAGCUGAUGGCCAGUGGGACCUCAGCAACUACCAUUUGAUUGACACGGGGAGACCCCAUCACUCCAUACGCUGCAUGACAGUUGUCCACGACAAGGUGUGGUGCGGCUACAGGAACAAGAUCUGUGUGGUGCAGCCCAAAGCCAUGAAGAUACAGAAGUCCUUUGACGCACAUCCUCGUAAAGACAGCCAGGUGCGACAGCUAGCCUGGGACGGCGAUGGGAUCUGGGUGUCCAUCAGGUUGGACUCCACGCUAAGACUCUUCCAUGCACACACCUUCCAGCACCUGCAGGAUGUGGACAUCGAACCUUAUGUCAGCAAGAUGCUUGGAACUGGGAAACUGGGCUUCUCUUUCGUCCGGAUCACUGCCCUGAUGGUGUCAUGUAGACGCCUGUGGAUCGGCACUGGAAAUGGAGUCAUCAUCUCCAUCCCUCUCACAGAGUCCAAUGCAGCUACCAAAGGAGCAGCAAACAAUCCCAAAGGUGGGGUGUGUGUCUACGGCGACGACAGCGGCGACAAAGUAAAAGCGGGCACGGUCAUCCCAUACUGCUCCAUGUCCCACGCUCAGCUGUGCUUCCACGGCCACAGAGAUGCUGUGAAGUUUUUCACAGCUGUGCCAGGUCUCGCUGCUGCCACUGUGUCGAGCAGUGGUGAGGCAGCCGGAGAAAAGACUGAGGAUGCGUCGUCUGUGGAGAGCGCCAUGCUGGUGAUGAGUGGCGGAGAAGGCUACAUCGACUUCAGGAUGGGUGAUGAGGAGGGCGACACAGAGGAAGGCAGCAACCCAACUCUGACCCUGCAGCCUUCAGUGGCUAAAGCUGAACGCAGUCACCUUAUCGUCUGGCAGAUCCUGGCUGACAUCUGACGGCCCCUGCACCUGGAUGCCUCAAUGGCCUUUGCUCUUUAACCCUUCCCCGCUGGGGCUUCGUGUGGGUCGCAGGGCUACAAAUGUGCACUUUUCUUUAUCACUCUUAAGCCCAACAAAUACACAACAAGCAAAGAUUUCAACUGAUGACUUAAGUUAUUUACCAUGCCGUUUUUUUUUAUUGUUGGUUUAGGAUCAACAUUUAAUCUGUUUUAUUGGCGCAAUAUUUCAUCUCAGUGACGGUAUGGCAGUAUGUUUCGUUUUGUUUUACACUUUGACUGUAAUGAUUCAUGGGCCGUGAAGUCCUGAAGAGCAACUGAUGUUCUUUCAUACCGGUGUGAGUUUUGGAUCUUUCUCAGAUUCCAACUGCUGAUCUAUGCAAUAUACAGCUAAUGAAGUUUGGAGUGCCUCUCUUGUUUCAUUGAAUCCAAUCUUCCUGUUGAAUUUCAUAGACAAAUUCAACUUGAAUCAGCUCCUACAGUGGGUUAUGUCAACGACUAUUCCAUUCGGGAGUAUUUUGUAAAUUCACCCUGUUUUUAGAAAUGAGUUGCUGUCAUGGCUAUGACAAAGAAACGUGAGAGACGAUGCUAACGUGGUGAGGUCCUCCCACAAUCAUAUCAGGUGUGGAUUAUUGCACAUGGGUGGACUCUCUUCAGUGUUGAACUUGAAAGCACUGAUGAUGUUUUUGAAAUGAUAUUUAUUUUUUGUCGUCAGAGAAUGUUACAUUUGCUACCAAAGCUAAAGAAUUAAAGAUGCAACAUGUUGAUGUUGUCCUUUCGAAUGUCUGCAAU